CGCGCCUUGGAGUUUACGGUGCGACCUCAGCCGUCAGAUCUUCACGCUCGUGCUCCCCUCCUCAUCCGACAGCGGACUCACCGCCGUCGGCCGCUGCCUUCCUUCCCGCCGUCAACGCUUCCACCAGUCCCCUCCCAUCCCCCCCUCGCUGAAUCAACGAGCGCUCGCCGCCUCCCAAGUCCGUGCGGGUCGCUGCGCCUCGCCGACGACGCCACCACCGGCCGCCACCUACCCACCGUCGCCGCGCCUCCCCCGGGGUUCCUUCUUUUCGGGCCCGCAGCAGCAUCUCGUCGGAUUGCUCCGCAGUUUAGUUAGCGGGGCCAGCCCUCGCUGCGGCGGCUCCCUACGGGGAGCUUCGCCGCCACCCCGGGCUCGUGGAAGACGAGUGAGCAGCAUCUCGCAGCAUCCGCGUCAUUUUUGCUCAAGAGGAGGAAGGGAUGCACGAGCGAGCCGUUUGGAUUUUUUUAUGCGAUUUGGGUGGACAAAACAUGCCGUUUGAAGGUCCGUUUCAACACCCCAGCUCCGUUUGCUCCAUCCUAGUUCGAUGCUGCCUGCCGCCUUUGCUGUUGGUCCUCUUCCAGUUGCCAGUCGCAGUCUGCAGUCCACACGCGUUCUCAUUCAGAGGUCUUUGUUUCACUCCCCUGCUUCUCCUUUCCCUUGCACACACGUUCGCAUUGACCUGCCGUGUCCAGUCAACCAUGCCUUCUGGUCCAUGUCUGGUAGCCAAAUCCUUCAAAAGUCAUCCUUCACCCAAGAUCAUACAAGCUCAAACCUUUGUUCUUUCACAUCAGCAUCAUGCCCUCUCUCUUGUCUCUACUCUGUAUUUUGCUCAGCCUUUUCUCCUUCAACACAUCGGCAUCUGCAUCACAAGCAAAUAUCUCCGAGAUUGAUCGCCAUGCCCUCCUUUGCUUCAAGUCUGGCAUCAGCUUUGAUCCCUUUGGCAUCCUACACUCAUGGAGCAAUGGUUCGCUCAACUUUUGUAGCUGGAAAGGGGUCACCUGCGGCAAAAAAAUCCCACCCCGGGUGGUCUCUUUGGACCUCACAUCUGCUCGUCUCGGUGGGCGCUUAUCUGGAUGUGUCGGUAACUUGACUUCUCUAUCCUUGAUGAACCUUGUCGAUAAUUAUCUGCCGGGAACCAUCCCUGGAGAAUUGGGUAAGCUUCCAAACCUCCAUACACUGAAUCUUGCCGGCAGCAAUCUGGAAGGUAACAUCCCUGAUUCACUAGGCACUAGCAAUUCACUUAGCUAUGUCAAUCUUGCAAACAACAGUCUUACCGGUGGCAUCCCUGUCUCACUGGCCAACAGUGUCUCACUCAGUACACUUAUACUGUCACGUAAUAACCUCUCUGGCGAGAUCCCUUCUAUUUUGUAUGUUAAUGGCAGCCUACCUAUAUCAAUCUGGAAGGGAAUGUUCUAA